UGGAGGCCGACGCAGAGUCCGUGACAGCACUACUGCCAUCCAAAAUCUCUCAGAUUUGUUCAGAGUUCAAACCCCGCAAAGCUCACUGUCACAGCUCUUACAACUAAACUCUGUUCAACCCCAGUUCUGCCAUUGAUCUAAUUGGAAAACAAACAUUAACGGUUUGUGAAAUAGAGAUUUUUGGAGGGUUAUCAGAAUGAAAGCACUCAUUCUCGUUGGCGGGUUUGGAACCCGCUUGAGACCGUUGACUCUUAGCGUGCCAAAGCCUCUGGUGGAUUUUGCUAAUAAACCUAUGAUACUGCAUCAGAUUGAAGCUCUCAAAGCUAGUGGAGUUACUGAAGUUGUUCUGGCCAUCAAUUACCAACCAGAGGUUAUGUUGAAUUUCCUGAAAGAAUUUGAGAAAAAGCUUGACAUUAAAAUCACCUGCUCACAAGAGACUGAACCACUUGGCACAGCAGGUCCUCUAGCUCUGGCUAGAGACAAGUUGAUUGAUGGUUCUGGUGAGCCAUUCUUUGUCCUCAAUAGUGAUGUUAUAAGCGAGUAUCCACUACAAGAAAUGAUUGAUUUUCACAAGGGUCAUGGAGGAGAAGCUUCAAUUAUGGUGACAAAGGUGGAUGAGCCAUCAAAAUAUGGUGUUGUGGUUAUGGAAGAGACUACGGGCAAAGUUGAAAAGUUUGUUGAGAAACCAAAGAUAUUUGUAGGUAACAAAAUCAAUGCUGGAAUCUACUUGUUGAACCCAUCUGUUCUUGACCGAAUUGAACUGAGACCCACCUCAAUUGAGAAAGAGGUCUUCCCAAAGAUUGCGGGAGAGAAUAAGCUUUAUGCUAUGGUGCUACCUGGGUUCUGGAUGGACAUUGGACAACCAAAGGAUUAUAUUACCGGCCUGAGAUUGUACCUAGAUUCUUUGCGUAAAAAAUCCUCUGCAGAAUUGGAAGCUGGAUCUAACAUUGUUGGAAAUGUUUUGGUAGACGAGAGUGCUGUAAUUGGUGAAGGGUGUCUCAUAGGACCUGAUGUAGCCAUUGGUCCCGGAUGCAUCAUUGAGUCUGGGGUUAGGCUGUCACGCUGUACUAUAAUGCGUGGAGUUCGCAUCAAGAAGCAUGCUUGCAUCUCCGGUAGCAUUAUUGGCUGGCAUUCCACUGUUGGAAGGUGGGCUCGGGUGGAAAACAUGACAAUCUUAGGAGAAGAUGUUCAUCUUGGAGAUGAAGUUUACAGCAAUGGAGGUGUUGUCCUGCCUCACAAGGAGAUCAAGUCUAGCAUUUUGAAGCCAGAAAUUGUCAUGUGAUCGCAAUGGUGAACUUGGAAUUAGCAUUUUGAGAGUUCAACACUGCAAUUUGGUUGUCUACCUUGUCCCUCUUCGGCUUUUCUUUCUUGUUUAUUAGGUAAAACUCCAGUUGGAAUAAGUUCGAGGGGUGAGUGGUUGAUUGGUUUGUAGGCUUAGAGAGAGCAGUAGGCAUUUUGUUAAUGGAGGACAGAUGCAGAGGCAACCUCACGGAUUUGUGAAGGACAAGUCUCAUGUUUUUGGAACGCCAUUGACCAAAACUCGAGAAAGGGAAAAUGUAGACAACAAAUACAUGACAUUGUAUACACUCAAGUUAUAUAUUGAUUAAGUUAAUUGCAUUUUUAAUCCUUUAUAA